CGCUUCUAAACUUUUGCAUUGUCAGUGUUGUCCUCAAGUAGCUUCUGCUGCCCUGACAGGUCAUGUAAGGACAUUUUGGCACACAGUCGAGUCGGCAAACAAACGUGUUUACAGCUCACUCUUAACAGUGCUUAAAUAUCUUACUCAUUUCGGGACAGCGCGUAGCUAAACUCACCUCAUAACGGGUGCAUUACACUGGUGAAAUAUUGCACAUUUUUGCCAAAAUUUGUAACAUUUUUAGUGCACCGAGAGUCGCCGAGGAAUGACGUCAGGACGUAUCACAUUGAAUGAUGACGCUGUUUGAUCAUUAAAAAAAUCUGCCGUUAAAAAAAUAUCAGAGAAUUAGGUCAGCAAACUAACGCAGCACCAACCGUCACGUUAUGAAUGUAACUACCGUGCGUUUGACGAUAGAACUUUAGCGAAGACGCGCCCUGGUUGUAAAAUAACCUGUUCAGACGAGGAGAGAGAUGUCCGGUGUUUCCAGCAUCUGCAGACGGGAGCCGUAGCCGUUAGACCGGUCGGUCGGUCCGUCCGUCCGUCCGUCUGUCUGUCUGUCUGCCUCCCUCCGCUGGCUUUGGGAGACCCGCAACCCCAAAUAGCGUUAACUCUACUGUGCUGCCGGCCAGGCUGGGGCUGAAUGGUUAGCCGGGGGAAGGAGAGACACCGUUAGACUCCACCAAACAGAAGCCGAAGGCUGCUCUGCCGAGACCCAGGAAAUUAUUCCUCGCCCCGUCUCGACAGCUUGGUAGCAACACAGUGCACAUUUCAGUAGUUCCAAAAUAAAUAAUUCAAUGAUUCUAACAUGUGAACACAACCAACUAAGACAUGUGAGCCUCAUCACUUUUGCCACAGAUGUUCUUUACCCUGAGUAGAAGUAAACAGAGUUUGGUUUGAUAAUGUCGAGCCGCCGGAAAUCAACCACACCUUGCAUGGUGCUGCCCUCUGAUGUGGUGGAGCAGGAAGAGGUGGAGGAGAAAACAGAAAGGACAAAGGAAGAACAGGCGGAGGAGGAGGAGGUGAAGGUGAAGGAGAGAGCAGAGGAGGGGCCAACUGCAGAGGAGCUAGGUCAGGCUGUAGUGGUUGUCCCCACACCCCCAGAUACAGAUGAGCCCAGUGUCUCUACUUUAGAAGACAGUGAAGUACUUGAUCCCUCACUGAAGCGCAGUGUUACAAACCCUCCUGAGGAUCCCAUCAGCGACCAGCCAACCCAGGAACCACAGUGUGAUACGCCUGAGGAGGGAGGAGCAGACCCUGCGUUGGUUGCUGCCAUCUCUCUCAGUAAGACACCCAUCAUGAGGAUGAAGACCAAAUCUGAACCCAAGAGGAUCGCUGUGUCUCUGAAAUCAGCGGACGAGGCACUGGACGGUUUUGGAGGAGGUGGUGAGGGUGAGGUGGGAGGAGAGCAGGAGCCCAUCGAAGCUCCCCUGGGGCCGAUGACGCCUGUGGAAAUGCUGCUGCAUGACUCCAUGAAGCUCGGAGGAGGCGGCUUGCUUAUCAACUCGCCCUCAGAGCAGCAAAGGAAAUCAUCCAUUUUAAACCCCACAGUUCUGCCUGCUGGCCUGGCACAGGUGCUGUCAGCUUUCCAGGCCCAGCAGAGUGCAGCAGCAGCUCAGCCUCAGCUACUGAUUCCCCUCAGCAGCAUCCCCUCAUACAGUGCAGCUAUGGACACCAACCCUCUGCUGGGCAGCACAUACAAGAAAUUUCCUUACCCCUCCAUGGCCGAGAUCAGCAGCCUGGCAGCACAGACACAGUUCACAGAGGAGCAGAUCAAGGUGUGGUUCUCUGCUCAGCGGCUGAAGCACGGAGUCAGCUGGACUCCUGAGGAAGUGGAGGAGGCCAGGAGGAAACAGUUUAACGGCACCGUGCACACAGUGCCUCAGACCAUCACUGUCAUACCUGCCCACCAGCUCUCAGCUGCUGCCAACGGCCUGCAGUCCAUUCUUCAGACCUGCCAGAUAGUGGGCCAGCCUGGCCUGGUGUUCACACAGGUCGGCCCAGGGGGAAACCUUCCAGUGACCAGUCCCAUCACCCUGACAGUGGCAGGGCUACCCAGCCAGUCCCAGAGCUCCAGCAGAGUUUCCUGCCAGCCCACCCCAACAAACAGUGAGCUGAAACGGGCUACCACUGUCCAACCUCCCUCUCUUUCUCCACAGGAGAACUCGGCCCUCAGCGCUGACACUUUCAAUAUGAGGCCUAAGAAGUCCAAAGAGCAGCUGGCAGAGCUGAAAGCCAGCUACCUGAAAAACCACUUUGUCACUGAUGCUGAAAUUGUCCGGCUGAUGAAGCUCACCAACCUGACAAAGGGAGAGAUCAAGAAAUGGUUCAGUGACACCCGGUACAACCAGCGCAACUCCAAGAACAGCCAUGUCAUUGUUUUCCAUGAUGGAGGGGGUAGAGGAGGUGGCAGCUGUAGUAGCAGUACUAGCACCACCAUUGUUAUUGACUCAAGUGAUGAAACCCCCACAUCUCCGCAUCCUCCCUGCACACCUCCUGUGAAGGAGAAGGAGACACGGGCCAAAACAUGGAACCCAUUCCCAGACUUUACCCUUCAGAAGUUUAAGGAGAAGACACCGGAGCAGCUGGUGGUGCUGGAGGAAAGUUUUGAGAAGAGCAGCAACCCAUCAGAUGAAGAACUGAGCCGCCUGAGGACAGAGACUAAACUGACGAGGAGGGAGAUUGAUGCCUGGUUCACUGAGAGACGAAAAAUGCCAUCUGUCAGUACUUCCUCUCCAGAUUCUUCAGAGGGAGGGAAGAUGGAGACAGAUGGAACAAAAGCAGGAGAAAGAGGAGGAACAGGAGGAGCAACCUCUUCUUCUCCUUUAGCUUCCUCAUCUCGUAAAGGUAGUCAAACUCCUCCUGGAGGUCGCAGUAAGCAGCUGCCCACCACCAACACCACCAGCAAGAAAGACAUAAAAGAUAAAAGUAAAAAGUCUCCAGAGCAGCUCCACAUUCUGAAAAGUGCCUUUGUGCGGACCCAGUGGCCCACACCAGAGGAGUAUGACCAGCUGGCAGAAGAAAGCGCCCUUCCUCGGUCCUACAUUGUCAGCUGGUUCGGGGACUCUCGGUACUCCUGGAAGAAUGGAAACCUGAAAUGGUUCUUUCAGUACCAAAGUGGCAACGUCGAGGGGGCGAAUGUCGGAGGAGUCAAUAAAAUGGGAAGCAGCAGCAGCAGCAGUGGUAGAAAGAAACGUGGUCGAAAUCGUGGUUGGGGUCGGUCCCGAACCAGGAAGCAGCCCAGAAGGUCUGCCUCCUCCAGUGCAGAUAUCGACAGAUCUCCCCCAGCAAAGAAAUUCAAGAGUGCGAGGGAGAUCCUGAAGGAGUACUACUUGAAGCACCGCUUCCUCAAUGAGCAAGACCUGGAUGAGCUUGUCACCAAGACCAACAUGAGCUAUGAACAGGUGAGGGAGUGGUUUGCCGAAGUUCAGCGACGCUUGGACAUGGGAGCAGAUCCCUUCCAGGAGCCGGCUGCAGGGAGGGCGGACGGAGAAGGAGGAAGAGAGGAGGAGGGAGAGGAGACGCAAGGAGAGGCUUCGAUGGCAACCGAGGACCAGACCGGCACUGGGAUGGGAGAUGAAGAUGACGAUGAAGAAGAUGAGGAGGAUGAUGCCGAUGAUACGGACGACAGUGAGGUUUGGGAACCAUCUCGUAGUGUCAGGAAAUCUUUGUCAGUUUCUGAAGACUAAUAAUUAUCGAAAGCAUGGUGAAACAUUACAGAAUGUUACAAGAGUAUUACUGGGGUGAUCAAUGCUGGAGGACAGUUAGCUGAACCAAGUCUUUUUGCCUCUGAUUUGCUUGUGUACACAUUUGCAACAUUAAUUAACUGUUUUUUCAUUCUUUUUCUGAAUCAUGUCUACAUGAGACUUAAGAGAUGGACUAUAAACUUUAGCUCACUCUCUCAAAACUUAUUAAUUGUAAGUAAUGUUUCACAGCUUAGAUGAUAAUCAUAGUAAAGAAGGAGUUUUUAGCAAACCUUACCCUACCCUUCAGUGACACAGAAAACUUUGAUAAAGCUUAGUAAACUGAAGCUUUCUGCUGAGCUGAAGAUGAAAACUGUCGAGAUGAAAUAGUUUCCCAAAAAAUGGUUUAUCCAGGCAUGUCCAUUCAUCCUUCUUUAGAAGCAAUUUUUAAAUUUUGACUGUUGUAAAUGAGAGACUUUGGGAGGAACUGACAGUUUUAAUGUCCACCAUGCUCCUUGUUAAAUUUGCACUCCUUGCUUGCUUAGAUGAAGCCAUUAAGGGAGAUUUAUUUACACAUUUAUGCUGCAUUUCCUUGAGAGGGAGUUUGUUAUGCUGUUGUGAGCACAGGCCUAAAUUCAAACUUCAGUCUCCAGUGUUAAUGUUUCACCCAUGGUUCCAAACUAACUGCACACAGAAAAAAGACUUAUCUGUUGUGUCUACAAAGGUGCUUAAAAACUUAUCCAAACUAGAUGCCACUGCUGAGCACUGUCCCCAAUGAAACUAGCAUACAUCUAUUAGUGGAACUGGUUGAUUUUACGUGGUAGAGUAAAAUCAACAGGUUUUAAUAGCACCUGUGAAGAUCCCAGAAUAGACCAGGUUUUUUGACCUGAUAUUAUUGAAUUGAUAAUGACAAUGAAAAUCAAGUAUUUUAUCUCUCUCUGGGAUAAAGGCCUAACAUGAUAGGGGAAUGAAUGCCAAUGCCAUGAUGCUUUUAAAUAACACAGGAUGUCUGCUCAAGUCUUCCCUUUAUAGUGGGUCAUUGUCCAUUAAUAUUAUUAGUAUUAUAGAUUUUUAAUUGAGCACAUAUAAAUCUGAUGGAAAAAUGCCAGAGUAUGUGUUUAAUAUGCACUACUAUUAAUGUUUUUAUCAAAUUUUUAACACUUUGAUAGAACUCAUCCUGUGCUAUUAAAAACUCUUUAAAGGGGGUUAUGUAGAUUCAGACAAUAAGAGGCUUUUGCGCUGAAGUUGAAUGUGUUGUCUCCUAAGCAGUGAGCGGAAGUUUGAGGCAGAGUCACAUUUUGUGAACUAAAUAAUGGCCACUGUGAGGCGGACAUCUGGAUCCACCUAAACAAUAACAGAAACAGAAAUAUUUUGCUACAGCAUUUCACUUAGAGUUUGCUCAUGCUGGGCUUCUGAUGGAUUGAAUGGAUGGACUGAAUUUUUAACAUGGGGUUGCAGUUUUCCCCAAACCAUGUAAAUGUAAGCACCAUCUGUAGCUCCAGUGUGAAUUUAAAGUAAAUCAGUCCACAAAUUAUCACCUUGACAAGACAGCUAUCACCACCAAAUCACCGACACCUUGCCUUUAGGUUUGGGCUCAUAUCAAAAACAAGGCCUGUGAAUCAUUUUGGGUCCUGACCCUUACUUUAAGAAACACUGUUUAACAGUAUUUCAAAUAAUAAUUUGACUCCAGUCUGCACUGAAGUGAAAAACGUGAAGCACCUAAACUAAACGUUUUUAAAAAAUGCACUUUGUCCACAUGUGUUCAUAGUGGACUAAAUCCUGAUUAGGCACCUUAAUCUCUUAUGGCUCCGAGAGACCAAAUCUGUUUUGUAUGACUAGGAAUUGAACCAGUAUUUUGCCUUUUUUAUCCUUAGUGUGUUUUCAAGGAAAGGAAUAUUACCAAUUUAUCCACUUUUCUAACAAUAUGUGUUUUUACUUAUUUGGUUGUUUAUAUGGCUCAAAAAGUAGUAGAACAAUCACAUACCGCUUUCGUUCGCUAAAUUGCACAAUUUGAGCCCAGUUUUUUAAUAAUUUCUCCUUUUGAAAAUGCGCAUAUGUUAUAUUUGUCAUUAUGUUUUGUGCCGUUGCUUUAAAUCAUGGAAACUGUCUCCUGUCUCUCCUUCUCUACUCCCACAUACCCCUGCCUGACUCUUUGUCCCUCUCGUCCAAUCCACUUUUGUAAAACGAAUGCCUAGAUUUCAUGAUGUGCACUUCCCAAAAAAUGUUUUAUGUAAAUGUUAGCAGUGUCCUGUUGUUUCUCUGUCUCAUGAAAUUGUCUACAACACAGGCAGACAAACUGACAGGGCUAUAGGGACAUCUUCAAAAGACCGCAACCAUUCAGAAAAUUAAAAAAAGACAGUCUUGGAAAAAAUUCACCUGCUCUCUUGGAGAGAAUUGUUGAGACGCCUGAAGAAACAGCACAGCAUUCCCUCUUUUGUGGGAAUUCUACCAAAUAACGCUCCCCUUUCUGUUUUCUUCAUGCUUUACUGCAUUAAGAUGGCAGGACAAUAGACUGAAAACUGUCUUGACUACAGUUCUUCACUGACAGGGGAGAGGCUCUGAUGAAGCUUUGCAGAUAAACCUAUGUGCCUGGAUGGCUCGUAUACUUGUGUGAACAGAAUUUCACCAACUCUCAACAAAAGAUGAUGAGAGAAUUUGUGAAUGCUUUGGAAAUCAGAAAUUGUUGGUUGAUUUUUGAGGGAGGCUUGUUCAGUCAAAGAUGUGAUGCAUGACCGAGCUCUGCUUUUUGCUGACGCUAAAAGAUGCCUAGAUACUCUGAAGUUAACCUCGGAAACUUCUGUUGUCCUUAAACAAAUACCGUGGUGUUCCGAAUUUUGCUGUUUUUUCUUACCAAGCACUUGUCACACUACAUGUUGGCAAGUUUACCUACACUAAAUGCAUUUUAAUGAGUAUCUUGAAACCAAUGUUGGCUGUUAGCUGUAAGAUAGCUAAGGUAGCUAGUUUUCAGCAACUGAGGGAGAGCUGUAACCAUUUUGUCAUAAUGUGACAAGUGCCUGGCUAUGAAAAAGAACAAAUUCAAAAUGUCAAGGUAUACACUUUAUCUAAUACUGCAUGCAAUAACCAAGACGAACAACUGCUUAUUUUGUACAUACAGUAUUUUGGGUUGGUAUACUUGGCACAGUAGAAGCCCAAUCUGGGAUUACAUUUCUGUGUAGCUUUAUACCAGUUACUUUUUAUUAUUGACCAAAUUGACUGCAAACAUGGACCUAAUUUCUUUUUAAAAUGGUUUUCAAACUUUUUCAAUAUUUGACUCUAGAAAAUGUAUUUAAGUCACUGUUAGCUUAGUGACAAAUCUUUAAUCAACAAACUCCAUUUUGAGCAACUUGUUAAGAAUCCUUUGCUUGAAACUUUGCUAUCACCACAGUCGUGGUCAUUCUUUGGCAGCCAUUUUGUGCCCAUUUGUAAUCAUUUGAAUCCUUGUACUUCAUGCGCUCAAUUCUACAAACGCUACAAAAU